UUACUUGAGAUACCGGAAUGACGAAGACCUUUACCGCAUCUUUGCUCCAUGCGCUUUCUUUCGUCUAUGUCUAAUUUACCGUUUUAGAAUAUAAAUAACUCGCUGUUUGGUCGUGGAAAUGUAUAGAACGAAAAAGGAUAUUGAUGCCCACGUGGAAAGUUUAAUAUCAAAAUUACCAUUGAAAGAGUUCACUUCUCGGGGCUAUUCAAUAGGGCGGCUGUAUUUUGAAGUGGGGGAUUAUGCUAACUGCUGCAGAUAUGUGGAACAAUACCUACAUGUACACAGCUCGAACGCAGCAGCACAUGCCCUCCUCGGACAAGCAUUGCAGAAGUUAGGAAAGAUGAAAAAGGCAUUGGAGGAGUUUAAAACAUCAUAUGAACUAUGCCCCACGCAGAACAGUUUAGUCUUGAACAUUUGUGAAAUAUUGGCUGGUGAUGAAGAAAGCACUGAACCUGAUCGCGCUAAAUACUGGUGUGAGAAGGCAGAAAAAAUGUUUCCAAAGCAUCCAGUUACCUUUCAAUUACGUGAAAAGUUAUUGUCUAUGGCUAAUCCAGACCCACAAGCACUGGUUUAUCUGCUGUUAGAAGAAUUGGCUGUAAGGCCCAAGGAUGUUAGGCUACACAUUCGCUUACUGAAAUUUUAUUUGAAAAAUAAUAAUAUUGAAGAAGCAUUUACUCAUAGUUGCAAUAUCGAGUUUGGAGAGAACAACUUCAAUAAUAAUUAUGAUUGGUAUGAAACAGUUGGACAGAUUCUUAAAUGUAAUCCCCGGAAAAGCAAUGACUGGCUUUUUCAAUUGCUUUUAUUGACAGUCACAGAGCGAAUGUGUGUUUUGAGUAUAACUCAGACCUUAGGCUACAAAGAUAGAAGUAUUUUUGAGUCAACAGAGCUUCUUCAUGCUUACGAUCAAUCUAUAGAGAGAGUUGCUAAAACUGGAAGCAAUCCUGGUCAUGGCGAAUUUCAUGCUGGUCUUCUAAAACAUCACCGUAGCCAAUUUGCCUUCAUUGCUGCAACAUUAUUGCUCAAGCGUGGAGCGACACACAGCUGGCGAGAUGCGGCUAGAGAUGCUGAGCCUUUGAUGUUAAUGGCAUGGCAUUCUUCAGUUGCAGAUGUCUCCGCUAGCUGGGUUAUUUCAGCUCCAGAAACGCAACAGAAAGCGGUACGGCGCUGGUAUUCUGAAGGGUCAUACAGGUGUUCACAAUCUGGACAUUACCUGCUGUCUAAUUUCAAUGAUAAAAGCCAAUCUUUCCUGGAUCGCAUUUCACAAAAUUGCUCUGGCAUACAUUGGAGAGACAAGUUAUAUGGAAAGAUAUUCUCUAGCAGAUAUCAUUUAGAAAAAAUAAAUACUUCACAUUUGGUCUCAACUUCUUUUGACGCGCCUGCUCUGAUUUUACCUAAACGAAGUGAAGUUGAAAUCCAUGAUGAAGAAGCUCAAAGAGCAUACGGAAGUUCUCUUCAUCAUUUUGUGUGGCUUUUGUCUAAAUACAAAGAUUUUUCUCAGUUUAAAUUAACAAUUUUUGAAAUGCUUCCACUGGCAGUUCAAAAUGACGCAAAUUGUGGCCCAGAAAGUUUAUGUCAAAUGGAUUUCUAUGCUUUUCUUUACUGCGCAGCCUUGACGUCCCGUCAACAGCGAGAUUCUGGCGUUCCAUCAGAUAAGCCAAAAACGCUACCGGCUAACAUUACAGAUUUACUGUGUCCUUUGUCUCAAAUGAAGUGGUGGGACUGCGCUUAUAAGUUUAGUCAAAAUGAGUUGGGGGCAGAAAUAACAGAUAUUCGCCUAACUCUUAGUCGCGGUAUAGAAAUUGUGCGAUGUGUCGACAAUCAUGGUAUAGAGCCAGAACUUCUGUGUGAUCUAGGUCGCACAUUCAGUAACCGAGCUAAGCUUAUUACAGAUAUUGAUGAUAAACACAGUUGGGAGUUGCGAGGAGUUCUUUACUAUAGAUCAGCAAUAAAUCUUUUGAAGAAAAAAAGCACUGAUGCAGUUACACGAUUCGAAAAACGCAUGUUUGAAAAGUUGAGUCUGUUGCCAAAAGAUACUGACUCUUUACUUGAAGAAUGUAAAUUAUACGUAGCACUCUAUGAGUUAAAUAACAAUGAGUAUGAAAAGGCAAUCGAAUUAUUGUCACCAUUGAAGAGCGCACAGAGUCUGUAUCAUCUCAGUGUUGCUUAUAAAAAAAUGGCAUUGAACGAAAACAAAUAUUCACAAAUCAAUGCUAAUGAUGACUCUAACUCAAAAUAUAAGUCAUUGCUAUCAAAGGCUCAAGAAUACGCUUACGAGGCCCAUUAUAAACUGAAAAGUCCAGAGAAUAAAUCGAAUCAUAUGCUACUUAUAAAAACUGAAGAGUUAAUAAAUGAAUUAGACCUCCAUCUAAAUGAAUGGUCCGAUGGACCAAAUGAUAAAAAUGCCAAUCCUUCGGAUGAGUAUUUUUCUAUACAUGGCAACGAAGAUGGCGCUCUUAAAAGUCAAUCACUCUUUUCGCGCAAUUUUAGCUCUACCCCAAAACGAUUAUCACAUUUGAGUAUGGGCCCUACAUCAAUUCCUAAUGUUUGUGAUCAACAGUUUAUAGAACCAAACGAUAAACAGAAAUCCAGUUUGCUAAAACGAGAUACUGCUGCAAUCAAUGACUUAAUUGACCUCGCAAGAAGUGUUUUUGAAGAAAAUCGAAUAGUGGGAAACCAAAUUAUAAGCACAAUAAAUUCAAAUAUGCAAAACACCAAUGAUCAAUUUGCUUUCCUGAAAAUUUCUGUAGAUCAAGUAAAAGAGCAAGUUAAUGAGUGCAGAAAAGAGUGUAAAGAAGUUACCGAGUUGAAAAAACAAAUAGCUGAGCUGAAGAAGGACAUAAGCAAAAUUAAGAAAGCUUCUGAACAGACAAUCAAUGAAAACGAAUUAUUUAACCUCGAUGAGGGAUACGCUACAAAUGAAACCGCGUCCACUUUUGCAGCACAGUUGCCCUUCACUGCUCAACAAGUUAUGCCUCCCUUUAAUCAGCGCCUAAUAUCGCCAUUCUCUGUGCCACCAAAUCCCUUCCAACUUUAUGGUCAGAAUUUAUUCAAUUUAUAUUCGCAAUUCUCUCAACCGUCAUCAGUGCCUGGUGCACCACCAAUAUUUGAUGCAGCCAGACCGCAAGUUAAUUAUCCAGGCGUUUUCACAAACCCUGAUCAAAUGUAUUUAGAUGUGGCGCAUCUUGCCCAACAGACAGCGGUACCAGUGAUUCCUGUACAGGCUUCAGUUACAGCCACAGUUGCAGCUUCCUCAUUACCAGUACCCCAUUCAACAGCCCCAGUCACAUCAAUAAUGACGCAAAAUGUCAUAGCCAAGGAUAGUCCACGUUCGUUACCAGCGAAUGUUGUGGUGACAUCUUCAGACCCAUUGCCGACAUCCACAACUACCCCAGCCCCUGUACUUAGUGUAACAGUACCACCUAAGCAUGUCAAAGGUAUUCCUCAUAAUUAUCAAAUACAAAUGCCUGCAACAGAACCUACUCCAGCUUUUGGUUUUCCAUCACUUGGAAAUAAAACAAGUUCCAACACGGAAUCUCCAAAUUGGACUCAAAACACGGUAUUCAAAGAUGCCACCCCAACCACCAAUUCUCAUCCUAUAACUUUUUCGCCAAAACUCGGCAACAGCUUAAAAGAAGAAGUUUCGAUCGGUGCAGCCAAUGACAGUCAUAACAAAUCUAGAACAUUGUCUGAGAAAAGUAACACGUCGAUCGAUAAUUAUGAUCCAUGUCCGGAUUUCAAGCCUAUCAUACCUCUACCAGCAGAAGUAAAAGUUACAACUGGAGAAGAAGAUGAAACUGUAAUUUUUUCGGCUAGAGCAAAACUAUAUCGGUUCGUCGACAAUCAAUGGAAAGAAAGAGGACUUGGCGACAUGAAAUUACUUAAACAUAAAACCACUGGAAAAGUUCGAGUGCUUAUGAGGCGAGAACAAAUUCAUAAAAUUUGCGCUAAUCAUACUAUAACAUCCUACAUGGAAAUAAAACCUAUGAAAAAUGAAACAAAAGCUUACUUUUGGGUAGCAAAUGAUUUUGCGGACGAAACGCUUGUGCUAGAAAAGUUCUGUGUCAGAUUCAAAACAGCUGACAUAGCGCGACAAUUUUACCAAACUUUCGAAAAUGCUAGAUCAGAGGCUACUACGUCAGAGGCAUCGAGUGCAGUCUUAGAAGCCCCGGUAAACCUAACUUCAAGCAAAUCUGAUAAAACAGGUGCAAAAAAUGAUGUUUCUAAACCAUUCGAUGUCAAAGGAACUCCAGCCAAUAAUUUACAACCUGCUAAGACAGUAUUCGGUGGUUUCACUUUCAGUAGUACACCAGCGUUUAAAAUAAUCGAAGAUACAAAACCCUCCGGAAAAAAUGUUGAACUUGCGUUAACAAGCAAAAUUAAUGUGUUUAGUGGCUUGAAUUUCAAAACUGCUUCUUCAACAUUUAGCAAUUUGUUCAAUACUUCUAGUUCGCAAACUAACUGUUCUAAAACAUUAGUGCCAAAUGUUGAGGCAACGGAUAAAUUAAAUACUUCGGAUACAGUAGAAGAAUACGAGCCGACAGGUGAGUUUACACCUGUUGUGCCCUUGCCAGCGUUAGUAGACACCAAGACUGGCGAGGAAGAUGAAAUUGUUCUAUUUGAACACAGAGCCAAGUUGUUACGCUUUGUUGCUAAAGAAUGGAAGGAACGUGGUCUCGGUAAUAUGAAAAUCCUCGUAAAUAAGGAAAACCCGCAAAAAUUGCGCCUUUUGAUGAGAAGGGAGCAAGUAAUGAAAGUAUGCUGCAACCAUGCUGUUACUAAAGCAAUGACAUUCCAGAAAAUGCCUAAUGUUGACAAAGCAGUCACAUGGUGUGCUCAAGACUUUUCCGAGGGUGAGCUCACACCUGAAACCUUUUGUCUCCGUUUUAAAACGGCACAAGCUUGCAAUGAUUUUAUUGAUGUCGUAAAAACUGCUCAGUCUAAAUUAAGAGACGACUCCAAGGCAGCUAAAGAAGAACUUAAUGCGGCCAAACAAAAUUCCCAAACUGGAAUUACUACUUUAAACAAACCAGCAAAUUCUAAUUGGGGCGAUAAAUUCAAACCCAAGCAAGGUUCUUGGGAAUGUAAAGAAUGUUUAGUUCGGAACGAAGCGAAUGUCGAAAUAUGUCCCGCGUGUAACAGCCCAAAGAAUUCCGGCAGUGCUACAGCAAACACAAAGAUGACAGAGAUCAAAGCACCUAACAACGAAGUCAAAUUUAAAUUCGGUAUUCCCCAACAAUCCAAUCCAGUUCAGGUCGCAGAACAAAUAGUAUCCAGUGCACAAGUUAAAUCUUCGUGGGGCGACAUGUUUAAACCUGCAGCUGGAACAUGGGAAUGCAAACAAUGUUUUGUUAGAAAUGAAGGUGGUGUUGAUACCUGCUGUGCAUGCAAUAGCCCGAAAGAUCCCAAUGCAGCAAGUAAGCCCAUUACCGCCAGCACUACAUUUUCAACUCCGAAAUUUAACUUUGGUAUUUCACCAACAAGCAAUAGCAAUGAACAGAAGGCAAAUACUACUUCUAUUUUCGAUGGUACUGGUGCUCAUAAAUUCAAUUUUGGCAUCCCCUCAAACCUUCAAGUGAAAUCCACUGACAAUUUACCAAAGAGUGAUACAAGUUCCACAAAAUAUGUAUUAGCACUAGGGACCGGCAAAUCUUGUGAUACCGUUCAGACAGCAUCUUUAACACCAAAAGAAAAACCAGCCUUAUUGCCAACCCCCCAGAAACCAAAUGAAACGGCAACAUUCGACUUUGUGUUUAAGCCAAAAACUCAAAUUAAAGCUAGGAGCCCUGCUAAGUCACCUAAAAAAGACAACGGAGAAGAGAGUGACGGCAACGAGUAUGCCUCUGAAGAUGAAGGACACCACAUACAUAUAACACCAAUCAUACCUUUGCCCGAUAAGGUGAAAGUUGUAACAGGUGAAGAAGAUGAAGAUGAGCUUUUUGCCCACAGAGCAAAAUUGUUGAUAUUUGUUUCUGGGGAAUGGAAAGAAAGAGGACUCGGUGUAGUAAAAAUCCUAAAGCACAAACAUACAUCCAAAUUGAGAGUCGUUAUGAGGCGUGAGCAAGUCUUCAAGAUAUGUUUAAAUCAUGCACUGACUCCAGAUAUAACUUACAACCUUAAAGACGAAAAAAAUUGGAUAUUUGCUGCUAAUGAUUUCACCGAAGGGGAAUUAACUGUACACCGUUUUUGCUUGAAGUUCAAAACGAAAGAAAUUGCUAUGCAGUUUAAAGACGCUGUGGACAGAGCGAGAGACUGGAAGAAUAAUGAAAUUCAACAAAAUCAAAAUAUCUCUGUUAAAAGUGAUAACGACAAUGAUGAUGUGGAAUUUGUUACUGAAACACAGUCCAACUCGGAGGAAAAGAACAAAGCAUUGCAACUAAUGUUACCAGAGAAUUUCUUCUUAUAUAAAAAUAAGGACCCUUGUCCUGGUUGUCGUGGUUGCGAAGACAGCAAAGAUUCGACAUCCCAAGCCCCAAAAAAGAGUAACAUUUCGCUAAAUGUUUUUACUGCCCCGACGGCGUUCUCUAGUGCGCUUAGGAUACCCACGGAAAAUAAAGCCGUCUUUACUCCGGAUAAAGUUAAUGCAACUAAAACUGCUAACACUGUUGAACAGCCUGCGUAUUCACAACCAACCAAUUCUACGAAUAAAAUUAUCCUGAAACCGAAAUUCGUUUCUGCAGACAACACCAGUUCAAUAUUCAGAGCACCAAUGCUGAACUCUUCUAUUAUCCCUGGGGCGCAAACUAGCACUACUAUUGGAACGCAAUCUGAUCCUAAAUCAAUAUUUGCUACCGCAAACUCGAACUUGACGUCAAACAAUUCAUCAUUGUUUGGUUUUAAACCAAAUAAUAACGGCAAUACUGAGGGGAAGGCGGUAUUCGGGGCAACCGUUAACACCAAACUAAAUGACGGCCAAAAACCAGAUGGAAAAUCAAUUUUUGGGUUUACGAGUGGCAUGACGAAUCAGAAACCUUUUAAUUUGUUCAAUCAAAAUGAUGGCAACAUAUUUGUCAAGGCAAACGAUGUGGUUAAAUCUGAUCAAACAUCAGCAUUCGCCUCGGUAGAUGCACCAAAUUAUUUUGGAAACGGCAAGAGUACUUUGACCUUUGAUCCUAAAACUGACUCUAAAGGCCAAGGAGGAAGUAAGAGUGAGCUUGUCAAACUAUUAAAUACACCAAAAGAAGACAAAAACAUAUCUUAUACUGCUCCGAAAGCAUUAGGCUCUGAUAGUUUACUGUCUUUUAGUGCCUUUAAAAGCCAACCUGAAUUAAAAUUCCAAAAAAACCCUGAUUUCAAAUGGGAAGGUGCUGGUCAGCAGCUGUUCGCACAAGCGCCACAAUCAAAGAAUAUCAGCGAUGCAGACCACGAAGUAGAUACCGGCAAUGGAGCGGAGGAAGAGUAUGACCCGCAUUACGAGCCCAUUGUCCCCUUGCCCGACAAAAUAACCGUGACCACGGGCGAGGAGGAUGAGGAGAAAUUGUUUGGAAGGCGUUGUAAGCUGUUCAGAUAUAACGACGCCACUCGCGAAUGGAAGGAACGAGGGGUUGGAGAGCUAAAAAUAUUGUAUCACCCUGAGAAAAAGACUUACCGACUGCUGUUUAGACGGGAACAGGUACACAAGGCUGUGCUGAACAUGCUUAUCUUCAUGGACCUAGAGUUGCUGCCGAUGAGCAAGAGCGAUCGCGCGUGGACAUGGGCCGGGCGCAACUACGCGGAGAACCCCGCCGGGGACCAGGAGACGCUUGCAGUGCGGUUUAAGACUUUGGAGAUGGCGACUGAAUUCUUCGAUAAAGUCAAGGAAUGCGUACGGAAAUUACAAGCUACAGGAGCUCGGGCUGUAAGGGAGGAAAAGGAGAUUGAAGAGAAGCCGAAAAGCAUGGCUUUAUUGAGGUUACCCAAGCAUCUACAAGUCGGCGCACGCGCUGAUAAUGCUUUGGAAAUGAAAACGUACAGUAAAAUUGUUGAGGCCACCGAACAGUCAAAAACAGAGUCCGCUGAACGAGAAGUUACGAACCGUGUUCUCAUCCACGAUGACGAGCAACGUCAAGAGACAAACGACGAAGAAGCGGAAGAUUAUGAACACGAGCAAGUUUAUUACCAAGGCGACGACUACGAUACGUACUAUAAUGAGAAAUUACAAGCUACAGAAGCUCAGGCUGUAAGGGAGGAAAAGGAGAUUGAAGAGAAGCCGAAAAGCAUGGCUUUAUUGAGGUUACCUAAACAUCUACAAGUCGGCGCACGCGCUGAUAAUGCUUUGGAAAUGAAAACGUACAGUAAAAUUGUUGAGGCCACCGAACAGCCAAAACCAGAGUCCGCUGAACGAGAAGUUACGAACCGUGUUCUCAUCCACGAUGACGAGCAACGUCAAGAGACAAACGACGAAGAAGCGGAAGAUUAUGAACACGAGCAAGUUUAUUACCAAGGCGAAGACUACGAUACGUACUAUAAUGAGAAAUUACAAGCUACAGGAGCUCAGGCUGUAAGGGAGGAAAAGGAGAUUGAAGAGAAACCGAAAAGCAUGGCUUUAUUGAGGUUACCUAAACAUCUACAAGUCAACGCACGCGCUGAUAAUGCUUUGGCAAUGAAAACGGACAGUAAAAUUGUUGAGGCCACCGAACAGCGAAAACCACAGUCCGCUGAACGAGAAGUUACGAACCGUGUUCUCAUCCACGAUGACGAGCAACGUCAAGAGGCGAACGACGAAGAAGCGGAAGAUUAUUUCCAAAGCGACGACUACGAUACGUACUAUAACGAGGAUGAGGAGUCCGGCACGUACUUCUCAUGCGACUGCGAGGCGGAAGUGGCUCAGGGCAGCGCGGUGACGUCGUGUGCGCAGGCGCAUGUGCAGGUUUUGUUCGACCACGCCAUGUAUGCGUCCAAGAUCCAACUCACCAACAUGGCCACGGGCGAGCUGCUGGCCGAUAUGCUCAUACAUGACGAGACUGAGUUUCAGCUAUUCGAGGCCACGUGCAGCUGGACCGGCACCGACUACACGAGCAACGAUCUGCUCGACACCACCGUCACGCUCGCCUUCCCCGACAGUGAAACAGCCAUGCAGUUCUACGAGAGUUGCGAGUCAAGUAAAGAACACAAUUCCGCUGAAGAUGCUGACACGGAAGCUUAAAAAACUUUAGUUUAUAGAAAUAGUAUUAUUUUUUACCCAAAAUUAGUUUCUAUUGAUUUGACAAUGUGAAUUCCCAAUCAAAGCCGAGUUUCUUAGUUUUAGGUUGUAUUUAGAUUAUAAGCGUUUCUUAAUCAUUUUAUUUAACUUAGAUAAUAGUUUUGUUGUAUUCGUCUAAUUGUCACAAUUAAUGUUUGUUAUACAUAGUCACUACAUUUUCCACGACAUUCAAUAACAAAGUGGCAUUAACUAACUGAUGUGUGUGAUUUUAUCUCUGUGUAGAAACUAGAAUGCUUAAACCCAGUGUUAAUACGAAAAAACUUGUUGUAUAGUUCUUCUAUCAUAGCUAUUUUUUUUUAUUUGUUACGGUUGUUCAUUUUUGGCGAACUACAAUACAAACUUGGUUAAAAUUUGUGUAGAAUUUUAUUACUUAACUAAGUUAAUUUUUUUUUGUGACGUCGAAUACUAUGCAUUCUAUACUUGCUACCAGUUGUAAUAAUGACGCUACGAAGUUCCAGUAGAAUAUGAUAGUAUAACGUGUAUUUUAGGUGAUAAUCAGGAAAUUGCGAACAUUAAACUGUUGACGUCCUGGCAAAGGAGUAGUUAAAUUACAAUAGUUUCUUUGUCGCUAGAACAAACAUGUUUCAUCUAAUUCAUCAGAAAAAUUAUAUGUACAUUAUUAUUCUUUUUAAUAUUAAACAAAAUUGCAAGAUACUGUUACAAUAUUUUGCAAUAGACUUAAUUAUUGAGUAAUAUAGAACCAAAUUUUUUAAUUAUUAUCAACUAUAACCAAAAAAGUAAAAAAAAACAAGCCAUAUGUCGUAACAAAUAGAUCAGUUUCUACCGAUUAAAAAGGCGUUACCGACCAAGUGUUUUUUAAAAAACAAAAACCAGGAAGUACAUAACUAAGGAACGAACAUACCGAUGCUCUAAAUAAGCAAUAUAAGCACGUUUGAAUAUCAUUAUUUAAGGCGAAGACGCAGCGCAACAGACGAGCUGAAGCGUAUUCGCUGCAGCAAUGUGUGGUCGACCCCUAUCCUUGCUACGCGUUGGAAACGUUUAAGGGACUUCGUUUCAAAAUCAAAAGAAUUAAAGUCUUUAUUUUAUUUAUUUUAACUUUAUUUAUAAUUAUGCUAUAUAUUAUUACUGUAAAUAACGCGCCACGAGGGUUCCUAUCCGUCUUUCCAUAUUGCGGCUGGUUUUCCUUUAUAUACAUACAAUUAAAUGUCUUGGUUUAGUCUCACGGUUCAGCUCCGAUUACUUGUAAAGCUGAAUUCUACUGUAUUAUUCGCAAUCUUCAUGGUAUUUGAAUGGACAGGAACGCGCAGUUACCCUGGAGAGCAUGUAUCCAAAAGGAUGCAGAUAAAAUAUGCGACUUGCGGGGUUGUUGAGAGUCUCAGGCAGCUUUUUAUGAGUGUUGAAUCAACAUUUACCGGAUAAGAAAAAUGACUAUAAAUUAUGUACAACUUAUUCAAUGUUUUAGAUAAUAAAUAACUAUACAAGUCUAGUUUGAAAUGAAAACAAAUCAAAUCUGAUAUAACGUUUCCAACAUAUAUAAGUAAAUAAUGUAUUCGCCUUAUACCUAAUACUUAGUUAUACUUCUAAAAGGGGAUUAUGAUAACAGCCAUAAAUUGAAAAAAAAAAGUGUUUAACAUUAAAGGUGUAUCUUAGUCUUCUUCACCAAUAUUGGUGUUAUAAUGGUGUCAAACAUUUGUGAGAACAGUAAUCUACGUAAGUUAAAAAAAAAAAAACCUUUAAAAUCUUAAAGUAUAAUAAAUUAUUUGUGACUGCA